CUACAACCGCCGUACCCCCACCCCUACCGCUUCCUCCUCAACCACCCCGACAAGUGCCGGGGGCGGACGCCGUUCCUGGUGCUGCUGGUGGUCACGUCCCCGGCCGACCUGGCCGCCCGCGACGCCGUGCGCCGCACCUGGGGCAACGAGAGCGCGGUGCCGGGGCUGGACGUGCUGCGGCUCUUCCUGCUGGGCGUUCACCCGGUGUUCGGCCAGGAGCUGCGGCCGCUGCUGCUCGAGGAGGACGAGCUACACCGCGACCUGCUCCAGCAGGAUUUCCUCGACACCUACAACAACCUGACGCUCAAGACGCUGAUGGGGCUGGAGUGGGUGAGCCGCUUCUGCGCCAACGCCAGCUACGUGAUGAAGGCCGACCACGACGUCUUCCUCAACCUGGAGUUCCUGGCCGGGUUGUUGAGGCCGCCCAGGAGUAACUUCCUCACGGGUUACGUCUACCGGCACACCGGGCCGCUACGGAACCGCGCCUACAAGUGGUUCGUGCCGCGGGAGGUUUACCCCAACGACACCUACCCGCCCUACUGCGGCGGGCCCGGCUACGUCCUCUCGGGGGACCUGGCCCUGCGCGUCUUCGCCGCGGCGCAGACGCUGCCGCUCAUCAACAUGGAGGACGCCUUCGUGGGGAUCUGCCUGCACGCGCUCGGCGUGGCCGUCACCGAUCCGCCGCCGGGAGCGUUCACCAUGUACCGGCUGGAGUACGAGCGCUGCCGGUUCCGGCGCCUGGUGAUGGUUCAUCACUACGGGCCCCGGGAGCUGCUGCGGGUCUGGCCGCACUUCAGCCAGGGCCGCGACGAGUGUCCCUAG